AUGAACCCUCUCCGCCUCUCCGCCUCGAGUCUAACGAGGAGGAGUACCACCAUCCAUACUAGACCUAACCCUAGAGGUACACCUCGUGCACAAACCAUCGCAUAUUCUCGGACUUGGCCUUGUGCCAGCAUCCGCCAUCAAUCCUCCUCUACUACCUCCGCCUCUACAACGCAAUGCCAGCAAGACAUCCAAUCGCAGCGCUCCGCGCAACAGGACCGGACCCGCAUCGACCGCCAACCGAGCGAGUACAGCAAAUCCGGGACGGACGACGCCGUGGCGUCGCAGCCCGUGUCCUUUUCGCCCGACAGCACCGCGACCGCGGACCCGGCGCGGUCCAUCGCCCAGGCGGCGGCGGGGCAGCAGAUCCAGAUCCAGAACUCGACCAGCGCCGCCACAAAAACAACUACCACAGGGACGUCGAACGAGGCGCCGACACCGCCGUCAAACGCGCCGUUCAACCCCCUCGAAGUCAGCCCGGCAAACGUGGAAAUCAGCUCGACGACGUCCGAGACCGAAGGCGCCACCGCCGUGGUGCGCGACGCCCAGAAGAGCAGGACGUACGUGGGCACCACGACGCAAAAGUCCAAAUCAAAGUCGACGACCUCCACGACCGCGGCCAAGAGGGUCUUUGCCGGCACCGAUACCAGGAAGGACGCCAUGCCUGGCGGGGCUGCGCAGGAGGGGGUCGAGCACGAUGGCACCACCACCGGCGCUGGCACUAGCCCCGCCAGAGUUGGCGGGAAAGGACCCAUCAUCAGGCCUGGGUCGAGGUAG